CUUCUUCUCUUUUUUGCGUAACCUCAUAAAUUCCCAAGAUGAAAAUUAAAGCCCUUUCUCGCCCAACGGCGUCGCAGCAGGCGCCUGGGUCUGCCACCGUUCGCCAGGCGCGAAAUCUCGACCCGUCCCAGCAUCCAUUUGAGCGAGCCCGCGAGUACACCCGUGCUCUCAAUGCCGUCAAAAUGGAGCGCAUGUUUGCUGCUCCAUUUUUGGGCCAGAUGGGCGAUGGCCACGUCGAUGGUGUCUACAGCAUGGCCAAGGACCCUGGCUCCCUUGAACGAUUUGCAAGUGGUAGCGGUGAUGGUGUAGUGAAGGUGUGGGAUCUGACGACCCGUGAAGAGAUUUGGAAUACCCAAGGACAUGAGAACAUCGUCAAAGGUCUCUGCUGGACUCCAGAACGGAAGCUUUUGUCGUGCGCAAGCGACAAGACCAUCAAACUCUGGGAUCCCUACAACUCAACUCCCGAAGCGCCUCCCAUGGCAAGUUACCUUGGUUCCGGCGCCUUCACUGGUGUUUCGCACCAUCGUAACCUCCCGUCCUUUGCUGCAUCUUCGUCGGUCAUCUCCAUUUAUGACCUAUCCCGACCUUCCUCCACACCCACGCAAACUCUGCAUUGGCCGACCAGCGUUGAUACCAUUACGUCGAUUGCCUUCAACCAGACGGAAACAUCGAUCCUUGGUUCGACCGCUAUCGAUCGGUCGAUCAUUAUGUAUGAUCUGCGCACUUCUUCGCCGGUGCAAAAGCUAGUUCUAAACUUGGCGUCCAAUGCCAUUGCUUGGAACCCUAUGGAAGCCUUCAACUUUGCUGUAGCCAACGAAGAUCAUAACGCCUACAUUUUCGAUAUGAGAAAGAUGGACCGUGCCCUCAACGUUCUGAAGGACCAUGUCGCAGCUGUUAUGGACAUCGAGUUCAGCCCUACUGGUGAGGAUCUUGUGACUGCGUCCUACGACCGCACAGUCCGCCUGUGGAAGAGGAACCGCGGUCACUCUCGUGAUAUUUACCACACCAAGCGGAUGCAACGUGUCUUCUCCGUCAAUUUCACCCCCGACAGCAAGUAUGUCUUGUCUGGAUCUGACGAUGGCAACAUUCGUCUGUGGCGUGCCAAUGCCUCCGACCGCAGUGGAGUUCAGAGCGCCCGCCAAAGAACCAAGUUGGAGUAUGACCAAGCUUUGAUUAAGCGGUACGGACAUAUGCCCGAGAUCCGCCGUAUCAAGCGCCAGCGUCACCUGCCCAAGCCUAUCAAGAAGGCUGGUGAGAUCAAGCGUGACGAGCUUGGUGCAAUUAAGAGACGUGAGGAGAAUGUGCGGAAGCAUACUGCUAAGGCCAACCUCAAGUCAAGAAAGAGUGAGCGUGAGAAGAUGAUUCUGGCUCGCGAGCAAUAGAAUUGUUCAUCCAUGACUUCACCCACUUACAGCUUGCUUGAUUCAUGCCCCUUGCGAUACCCAUUCUAGAUUCGGCAAGCUGCUCGUACACAUACAAGGCAGAUAAGGGAGAUUCAUCUUGUAUCUAUAUACGGGGUGAAUUGGCUGUCUCAUCUGCCCACGCUAUCUCAGUUCGCUUUCUUAUUGGACCUCAGUGGAUACCUGCGCUCGCUGUCUCCAUCACGUUUUUGGAUGCUUGAAGAGACGGCAUUAUCGAUUCCACUGAAAUAUCGUGAUGCAAGCUGCACCGCACCCGGCAGCACAGCAUACCAAUUGACGAGCCUCGCAAACGCGGGCAACCUCAGCACGCCGCCACGGCCGCUGUCUACAGCAGCCACAAUUUCACGGGCGACCUCGACCGGCUCCAGAACGGGAGCGAAGAAUUGACUCGGGGCGCGGACCCAAUCAAAUAAUGGUGUCGCCAUCUGCCCCGUUUCCACCAGCAACAUUUUUAUCCGCCCAUCGCUGCGGAACUCAGCCUCCAUGGUUCGAUGUAGUGCGCUUAGUCCUGCUUUGCUUGCUGAGUAGUCUGACAGCCCUGCUGGAGACAAUUGACCCAGUACCGAGCUGACAGUGACAAUGGUGCCUCCAUUUUCCGCUUCUGCGACGAUGCCCGGCAGGAAAACCUGGUAGAGAUGGAAUGCGGCCAUUAGAUUGGUGCGCACCGUCUUCUCAAAUGCUUCUGCUGGCAAGUCCAGGAGUGGACGACCGUUGAUUCGAGCCGCGGCACAGUUGAUAACGAUGGUUGGGGUGCCCAGCUGCAGCAUACAUUAGCAAUCAUAGAUCCCAAAAAAGCAGAUAUUAUUCAAAGA